AUGCUUGGGAGUUUCACAAAGAUAACAAAAUUAGGCUCAAGAUAUACACGGAACGCAGCUAAAGUAAGGUAUAAUCCAUUUCGAACCCAAAUCACAACGUCAUCAGUCCCAAAUUUAGUAUUAAUGGAUCUGGAAUCAUCAUCUGAUGCGAUAAUUGGAGAAGAAGUAAUUGAAGAAGAAGUAAUUAAAGAGGAAAUAAUCAAAGAAAAUGUGAAUUUUAUUAAAGUAGGAACUAGUCCAAAGCUCUUACUGAAAUUAAGUCAAAUAAAUAGAGAGCUCUUAGAUGAUUAUUUCGAGAAUAACGUGUUUCACUUCCCUCCGGACCUGCGACAGAGAAAUAUUCAAUACUUGAAGGAUACUAUGAGUAAAGUAUAUGUGCGUGAUAGACCUCUCCUCUCCAUAGAUAUAGAGGCUUGGGAGAGAAACCACAACAAAAUUACUGAAGUAGGGAUAGGCAUCUAUGAUCCAGCAGAUCUGGUCAAUUCCAUAAUUCCUAACGUGAAAUCAAUUCACUUACUUGUAAAAGAACACAUAAGAAUGAAAAACGGCAACUUUGUACCUGAUAAUAAGUCUAAUCCAUUAAGCGGCAUUUCAUAUGAAUUAUCGUUGAGAGAAUGUGCCCAAUUUAUGCAAGCUAUUAUUCGAAAUUAUCUAAUAGAAGCAAAUGGAGUAUUAGUGGGUCAUAAUAUCCUGGGGGACAUUAAAUGGUUAAAAAGCAUGGGUGUUGAAUUCCCAAGCGAUCUCCAUGUCAUAGAUACCGCAACCUUAUAUAAAAUCACUAAAACCACAGGUGGCUCUUUAAGAGGAAUAUUGAGGCUUGUCUCUAUACCUCAUGGUUAUCUUCAUAAUGCUGCAAAUGAUGCCUACUAUACUUUGAUAGCAGCAAUUGCUUAUUGUGACCCCAAUAUUCGCAGGACCUUUGAGCUUGACCACUAUAAGUCCAGUGAAAUGGCACCCAGUACAAGUAACUCUUCGAAAAGAAGAGAUAAAUUUUCCGAUAGAUCGACUAUUAUAACCUAUAAUAAUGGUGCAAAUCUUUUUAGAGACCUUAUAAAGAAGUAG